AUGAAGAAAAUGUUUGGUAAAGCCGUGCGGGAUGACACUGAGAACUAUCUACGUGCCGCAAGCCCAAAUGAGCGUCGUUGCAUCGCACGCGACUAUCUUGACUUCUAUCGCGGCCUAGCUGUGGGUGGCACCUAUGACUUCAGCGACGGAUCAAAUCUGUCAUGCCCCUCUACAUACACUCGUGGCCUUCAGAAGUGCAUCGAAAGACAUCCGCAAUUGAGUGUCGUCACAAUCAACGCGGAAAGCAAUUCGCCAUAUUUUGAACAUUACCCCAAGGUUGAUCUCGAGCAGCAUCUGCAACAUCUGGAUAAGUGCAAGAAAGAUGGAGAUGAAGAUAAAGCGAUCCAAAAUGCUUUGCCAGGUAUCCUUGAUACCAAGUUGCUGCCUAGCAUCCCUGCAUGGAAAGUCUUCAUACUCCCUCUGUCUGAGAAAAGAUGCUUCAUUGCGUUCUUUUAUUCCCAUACCCUGGGCGAUGGCAUGUCAGGUUUGGCUUUCCACCAAACCCUGUUGAGUGGUCUCGAGGUAUCCCAUAUCGAGAACGAAUUACCUCCCAGUACUAGAUCCAAAGAUAUAGGUCCAGCUUCAGACACGCCCAGGAAUUUGCCAAUCACAUGGCCGUUCUUUCUGAGGACGCUGUUGGGCAUUUUCCUUCCGAAACCGCUUCUAUCAAUCCUGGGUCUUGAAGCUUUGAAUAACGCUGUGACGAGUGCCACCUGGACCGGAUCGCCAGUAUUUUACAAUGCUGAGAAGCAUACAACUGGUGUACGGACGAUAACGAUUGACGGAACGAUUGUUAGUCGGGUUUUGCGAGUCUCUCGAAGUCACGGUGUCAAGCUUACAGGACUUCUGCACCAACUCAUCGUCGGUGCGUUGUCUGAGUUCCUGCCUCAAUCAGCCGACAUAAGCCAGUUUGUAGCACAAACAUCCUUGAGUCUUCGUGGAGCUCUCAACAUCUCAGGAGACAAGAUAGGAAACUUCAUUUCUGCAGACACAGCGACAUUGCCCAAAAACAACAAGAUGAGAUGCGAAGCAGAAGCAAAGGUCAACUGGUCAUCAGCAAAAGCAAUUACAGAACGAUUGGCGGCUGUUUCCAAAGACCUUCGCAACCACCCCAUCGGCUUACUUCCAUACGUGAGUGAUAUGCGAUCGUGGACCCUGUCUAAAGUCGGUGGAAGUCGGGACUGUUCCUAUGAAGUUAGCAACCUCACCAGCUUCAGGCCCGUCUCUCCUGGAGGAAGGGCUACGAUUGUCAAGAUGGUAUUCUGCCAACCUGCCAGUGUGACAGGUGCACCAUUGAGUUUCAAUGUGGUGAGCGUGGCUAAUGGCCCACUCAGCAUAGCUGUAAGUUGGCAGCUUGGGGCUUUGGGAUUUGAUGCCGGUGAAGACGAGAGGGAAAUUGUCGAGAUUGUUUGUCGGAAGAUUGAACUGGGAUUCAGACAUUUGGCGUCGACCUCAUAG